AGGCGGAGCUGGAGGUCGGCACAUGGUGAUGGAGAUGGAGCAGAUACGCAACGAAGCGCGACACUCCUGGGCUCGCAGCUGGUGGCGGCGCAACGCACGAGCUGCCCGCUGCUCUACCGAGAAGAUGCCGCACUGCUGGAGGCGGCGCUGCAGAAGGGCGAGACGCAGUACACGCAGCGCCUGGAGGACAUUCGCCUGCUCAAGAUCGAGGUGCGUCGGCUGCGCAACGAGAAGGUGCUGCUGCAGCGCUCGCUCGACAACAUGGCGAAGCUGCGCAAGGAGGUGUUCCACUUGGAGCGCGACCUGACGCGCGAGCGCCAGAAGACGCGCGCGCUCGAGGAGGAGCUGCAGAACCCGCUCAACGUGCACCGCUGGCGCAAGCUGCAGGGCACCGACCCCUGCACCUUCGACCUCAUCGAGAAGGUGCAGCUGCUGCAGAAGCGGCUGCUGGCGCAGGCGGCGGUGGCCAUCGAGCGAGAGGUGCAGCUGCGCGACGCGCAGCGCCUGUACGCCGGCCUGCGCCAGCUGCUGGAGCGCCAGCCGGGGCCGGAGGUGGCCGUCACUCUGCACCGCACGCAGCAGGCGCUGCGCGAACGGGGGCGCAAGAUG